AUGGUCAAUUCAGCUACAACAAAAACAACAAAUCGUCGUGUUGCAGUUACUAAUGCACGUAAUACAAAAGCACCAUUACAACAAUCAGCUUACACUUAUUUACGUUUUGUUCGUGGUACUCAAUCAUGUUCUAGUGGAAUGUGCCCAUUUUGGCAAAGACAUGGCCGUUCAUUUGUAUCACUUCGAUGUUAUGCACAACAAUAUCGAGAAUGUACAUGUCUUCAUCGUAUGUGUUUUAGUUCAUGUAUGUUUGAACGUAAAGUUUGCAAUGACGAAAUGGUUUCAUGUUUACGACAAAUAUGUCGACGAUGUAUGCCAGUAUCAGCACAAGCAAUGUGUUCAGUUUAUGAUUCAGUGGCCGAGGAAGUUACAAAAGCACUUGCAGUCUUUGCUUGCUAUCCAUGUUGUCCUGUUAUCACGAAUAUGACCAAUCAAUUUACCAAUGGACCAAAUGUUAUCACAGUAACAACAGCUCCACUUACAAAUAGUAUUGGAACAACAACAGUACCAAUUGGAACUAAUGGACCAGUUAGCUCAACAAAUGGAUUUUCUCAAAAUACUGUUACUAUAUCAAGCAAUGGUAACAAGAUAUAUCAGAGUUUGUUAAGAGCAACAAAAAAAAAUCUUAAUUUUCUUUUAGGUCCCAAUCAAUCAAACACUGGAGGUUCAAGUAAUACAAAUGUUCAAGGAAAUACCACACCUUUUCCGGGUGUAUUUCCUGGUAGUGGUCCAUUGAACUCUAACAAUAACAACGGUAUCAAUCAAGUUCCGCGAGCUCCACCAGUGGUACGUCAAACAAGAAAACCUGUAGUUACAAGUCGUCGAACACCAACUCCAACACGUCGAACUUCGACUGUUCGUGGUAGUAACAUCAAGAACGGUGUUCGUACUACUGUACGAGUUCAAAAGCCACAAACAACAAGCAAUCGUAUCAAAAAUUAA